CCUCCUUGAUCCUCGCCAUCUCUCGCCUUCUACUUUCAGUGACAUACUCGCUCACACACACACAUACACACGCACGCACACACGCAGGCACUCAAUCCACCCCACUACCUCCAAGAUCAUGCCACCGAAGCGCAAGCGCGAACAGAGCGAGGACGGGGUACCAGAGAGCGAGCGAGGGACUGACAAGGGCAAAGGUAGCAGGAAGAAGCCGAAGCCUUUUACCCGAGAGGAAGACCUGAUCAUCAUCGACUAUCUCGACUCCCUCAAGAAGUUCGCCGAUCUAGCACGACUGUUCCCCGAUCGUGUGCCAUUCUCAGUCAGACAGAGGGUAGUGUUGAUCUUUGCAAAGAUGAGGGGAUUGGCUGGUGGUUGGUAACUGGUAACUGGAAAUCGACAGGAGAAUGCUAGGUGGGAAGACGAAAUACAGCGAGAUAGAGAGGGACAUGUCGCAUGGCAAGAGAAAGGUGGAUGUAGACAGAAUGACAGCAUCGGCAAUCGAUCAUGAGAGACCCCUUGUUCUUCUUCUCAUCGUGCGACC